UUUUUCUCUGCUGAAAAUACCAGCAACAUCUGGUGAGCUGAAGGAACAGAUAGGAAUGAAGAACAAAGAAUAGGUUCACAGGUUUACAGCAAUUCAAUUAAGAGUGGAGAAAAUAAUCAAUUCACUUCAGAAAAUAUAUUUUGGAACCAACAAUUCUUCAAAAAGCAUUGAUUCUGUUGAACCAGCACUGGAUACCAGCAAACUUUCAUGUGUCCAGUACUGAUCGAUGACCAAGUUUGCUAAAAUGUAUAGCACGGUUAUAUAACUGCGCCAACAACUGACUGGCUGGCUGUAUCUGAGGGGAUGAGUGUCCUGCAGAUUUUUAAAAAGUUGAUUAAAGGCAGGAUAUGGAAGGGUUAGGAGCUGAGAAACAGGAAAAUGCUUUGAGGAAAUGGACUACGUCACCCAGCAGAGAGUUUCUGCUAAAAGUGAUCCUUUCCAGUUCCAAGAAUGGAGUCCUUACUAAAGUCCCCAAUGAAACUAGCAGUUUUAGUGGCAUGGAUGUCCAGUUUGCUGGACCCUUGCAGAUUUUCCAACAUCUGUGAUACUUGCCAUACAAAUGCAACUUGUAAAACAAUUAAUGGAUCCGAUGGCUGUUUCUGCAAAAAUGGAUUUACAGGUAAUGGGAGAACAGUUUGCAAAGAUGAUGAUGAAUGCACAAAUGCAACCCAGUUCUGUGGAGAGUUGGCAAACUGCACAAACACUGUUGGGAGUUAUUUCUGUACAUGCACAUCAGGUUACUCAUCAACUGGGAGGAAAGACUUUUUACCUAAUGAUGGUACCCAAUGUCAUGAUAUUGAUGAAUGCAUGACGUCCGGCCCCUGUGGAGUCUUUGCAGAGUGCUACAACACGAAAGGAUCAUUUAACUGCUCUUGUAAAAAAGGCUACCUACCAUCCACAGGGAAGCUAUUCUUUCACCCAACAGAUGGUACUAUGUGUACAGAAAACCCCAAGAAAUACUGCCAUUUGAACAGCACAUGUGUAUCAGAGACCAUUAACAAAACACUUGGGCUGAUCAACAGCAUUAAAGAACCACUCUAUCUGCUGGAAGAGAUAAGGAAACAGACUUCAGGGGAUCUGUCACCUGUUGAUAUGAUUUCCUAUGUUGCGGUCCUAUCACAGUCAGUGCCGUCAUUAAGUGUUAUGAAUGACACUGUCACUGACAAGGAAGCUCGUACCAAUACUACCAUCAAUACAUUUGUAAACACUGUAAACAACUUUGUCGAAAAGGAUGAACUUGAGGUUUGGAAUCAGCUAGAUCAGGAAGACAGGAAGAAAAGUGUUACAAAGCUGCUUCACACUGUGGAACAGGCAACUCUGAGCAUUUCACAGAACUUCCAGAAGAACACACAGAUGGAAGUUUAUGCAAGUGACAUAGCUCUUAAACUGUACACCUUUGAUUCACACCAAAUAAAUCAUGUUCACCCACAUGCUUAUAUAGAAGGGGAUAUUAUAAGGAUUAUACCAAAACAAAACAAAACAGUUGGUUCUAAUGGUAGCGUUGCUAUUGUUUUUCUCCACUACAAUAGCAUUGGUUUUCUCCUUAAACCAAAUGACAUCUCUGAAGAAAUGGAUGACUUCACUCUAAACUCACAGGUUAUAGCAGGCGCUAUAAACACAACCCCCCCAAAAAUCUACCAGCUUGACCGAGUAACUUUUACUCUUAAACAUGUGAGGCCAGUGAGUCAAGACAUUGAAACAAAGUGUGGCUUUUGGAGGUACUCUGUAGACAACAUGAAGGGUCAUUGGUCCACAGAAGGCUGUGAACGCACUCACUUCAAUACUUCCCAUACUGGAUGCAAGUGUAAUCACCUGACGCAUUUUGCCAUUCUUAUGUCAUCAGGGCGGUCUGAUUUGACUCCUCACUACAACAUCCUUACAAGAAUCACUCAGCUGGGAAUAAUAAUAUCUCUGAUCUGUCUGUCUAUGUGCAUAUUUACAUUCUGGUUCUUCAGUGAAAUUCAGAGCACCAGGACCACAAUUCAUAAAAAUCUAUGCUGCAGUCUGUUCUUGGCUGAAUUGAUCUUUCUGGUUGGAAUAAAUAUGAACAGUAAUAAACUUUUCUGUUCCAUCAUUGCUGGACUGUUGCAUUAUUUCUUUCUAUCUGCUUUUGCCUGGAUGUGUAUUGAGGGGAUCCAUCUUUAUCUGAUUGUCGUUGGGGUUAUAUACAACAAAGGUUUCUUGCACCGAAACUUUUACAUUUUUGGCUAUGGGAGUCCUGCAGUGGUGGUUACAUUUUCUGCAACCAUGGGUUACAAAUAUUAUGGCACCAAUAAUGUGUGUUGGCUAAGCACAGAGAACAACUUUAUAUGGAGUUUUAUAGGACCAGCAUGCUUAAUAAUCCUGGUUAAUCUGUUGGCAUUUGGAGUGAUUAUUUACAAAGUGUUUCGCCAUACAGCUGUGAAAAAACCUGAAGUUAGUUGCUAUGAAAAUAUAAGGUCCUGUGCACGUGGUGCCCUGGCUCUUUUGUUUCUUCUUGGUGCCACCUGGACGUUUGGUGUCCUGCAUGUUAUCCACGACUCAGCGAUCACGGCUUAUCUCUUCACAAUUUCAAAUGCAUUUCAAGGGAUGUUCAUCUUUAUAUUUCUCUGUGUGUUAUCCAGAAAGAUCCAAGAAGAGUACUACCGAUUGUUUAAAAAUGUGCCUUGCUGUUUUGAGUGCCUUAGAUAGAAAAAUGAACCAAAAAAAAAAAAAACAUAAGCAAUGGAAACUAAUGUACAUGGUAAAAUAAGACAUUGUGUUGGGUUAAAUCAAGGACUCGGACAACAAAAUGGAUGUUGUAAUGCUUAAGGCUGUCUGAGUGCUGCAAUCCCCAUUCAUUUUAUUCCUCACUAUUUCCACUGUAUGGUGUAACAGGAAACUUUGCAGGCUUUAAUGUAAGGGGGAGACAUACUGGAACUAAAUAUAUUCAGAGACUGAUUACUUUUAGAGCAUAAGAAAGUUUACAAACGAGAGGAAGCCAUUCAGCCCAUCUUGCUCGUUUGGUUGUUAGUAGCUUAUUGAU